AUGCGUCAAUCACAAUUAUACCCAAACUUAGGGUAUAAUAACCAGAAUGGUCAAUUUAAUUAUUUACCAUCACCAGAACAACAAUCCAUAUAUAGAAAUAAUAUUCAAACACCCACCUCUGGAAUAUCAAAUAAUUUAUUCCCUCUACAAAGUCAACAAAGAAUUAUUCAACCACAAUAUCAUUAUCAAACCCCACUUAUUAAUAAUAACAUAAUUAAUAAUAAUAAUAAUAUUAAUAAUAAUAAUAUUGUUUACCAACAGGAUCAACAGACACAACCACAAGCACAACCACAACAACAACCACAACAAACACAAACACAAUCUCCAUCACAACAAGAAAAAGAACAAGAACAACAACAGCAAGAACUAAAAGAACAACAACAAAAACAACAACAACAACAAGAACAAGAACAACAGGAAUUAAUGAGGCAAAAGAAAACCAAUAGUUUAUUAUCGAUUACACCAUUUAAUAAAGAAGAGGAUUUAAAGAAAAUCUUUUUAAAUUCAAUUGAAUCAAUUGAUUCAUCAAUUGAUAAAGUAGCUACAAUACCAGAUCCAACCUUAAAGGUAUUAUAUAAACGUGAUCCAGGAUUUAAUUAUUUCGAUGGUGGUAGUUAUUUCUGGUCAACAUUGGUCAUUGAAAAACAUAUUGAAUUACCACAAGAGAUUACAAAUGGUUAUUUAAGUACAUCAACCAAAUCAUUAUUGGGUUUAUUCCCAGAGAUUGGUAGAGCAUGGAUUUCAAUCGAUCAAACUCUUUACCUUUGGGAUUAUCGUGAUUCUGGUGAAUUAAUCUCUCAUAAUCUAUCUCAAAUUAUCACAAAUUGUGCCCUCAUUCAACCAAAGAAAAAUACUUUUAAAGAUGCUGUUAAAAAAGUUAUGGUAGUUUGUACUCAUGUUGAAAUUUUCUUAUUUGCACUUUGUUAUUCAAAUGAAACUAAAUUUGAAAUUUUAUCAACAUUAUCAAUACCAUCAGAUAAUAUAUUUAUAACAGAUAUAGUUGGUACAAAAGAAGGUAGAAUAUUUUUAUCAGGACAAGAUGGUAAUAUUUAUGAAAUUGAAUAUAGUAAAGAUAAUUUAUUUUGGUUUAGUAAUGAAAAGAUUAAAAAAAUUAAUCUCACUCAAACCUUUUUCAAUUCAUUUAUAAAUUUAUCAAAGAAAAAAGAGAUCAUUCAAUUAAUCUAUGAUGAAGAUCGUUAUCUUUUAUAUAGUUUAUCAAAAGAUUCAACAAUCAAUGUUUAUAGUUUAGGUAAAAUUGGUGAUAAAUUUGAACAUCUUAAAACUAUUUAUCCAAUUAAUGAUAUUGAUUCAUUAUUUAAUAAUAAUAUUAAUAAUAAUAAUAAUAAUAAUAAUUAUUAUUCACAACAAUAUCAAUAUCAACAGCAACAACAAAAUCAACAAUACCAACAAUCACAAUAUGGUCAACAACAACAACAACAACAACCAAAUCAAUAUGGUCAACAACAACAACAACAGCAACCUCUUCAACAACAACAACAACAACAACAACAACAACAACAAAAUUUUUCACGUAAAAAUAUGGUAAUAAUGUCAAUUCAUAUUUCACCAAAAGAAACUGAAUUUAAUUUUAUAGCGAUUUUAUCAAGUGGUGAAAGAUUAUAUUAUACAUUGAAUAGAUUAGCCUAUAUUAGAUCACCACCAAAUAAUGUUGAUAAUAAUGGUAAUAGUAAUAUUCAUUAUACCUAUUAUUCGAAUGGUGUAUUCUUUACAGCAUCAGAAGUUAGUGAUCAAGAGGAUAGAUUAGUUGGUACCACAUUGUUUGGUAAUGAUAUUAUAAAAUCACAUUAUGAAACUAGUAAAAGUGGAUUCUCAAAUCAAAUCUCACAAGAUACUUUAUCAGAGAAAUCAAAUCUAUUUUCAAUUCGUGGUCGUGUAUCAGUCAUUAAAGAGGAUAUCGUUAAUGAUGGUAAACCAACCGUUUACUACAAAGAGUUAUCCAACGAACAUAUGAAUACACCACGUCGUUUCCUAUGUUUAAAUUCAUUGGGACUUCAUUUCAUUAGCAAACUAAGAUAUGUCGAUUUGUUACAGAAUAUUCUCUCUUCAAAUAAUCCACAAGAUAUUGAUAACUUUUUCGAUGCAUUUGGUAAAAUCAUCGCCUCAUCACUUUGUAUUAGUCUCUAUUGCUCCUCACCACAUAGCUCCAUUCUAUUACAUGAUCAAGUUUAUUCGGGAAUCAGUAUACCAAAGACAACCACCACUAGAAUCGCUGAUCUUGCUAUGACUUUUCUAAGAAGAAAGAGUGGUAAACCACAAUAUUAUCAACCAGUGGUCAUUCAACAAAUGUUUGGUGAUAUGGGUGCUCCUGUAAAUAAAACUGAACUCAUGUAUUCAAAUGCUUACAAUGGUUUAUUGGCUUAUUUGGCUCGUGUACUUUAUCCAUUAUGGAAUCAAUCAGUUGUCACAUCAGCUGGUUGUUCCUAUUGGUCUAUCGUUCAACUUCAACUCUUUCAAUCUCAUCUUAGUAAUUUAUUAUCAUUUUUAGAUAUCUCUCAAUUAAUUCCAAAAGGUCAAGAAAUUCCAAUCAUUAAAAUUGCCACAAAUAAAACUUCUUCAACAACAACAACAACAACUACAGCCAAUAACUCCAGUUCAAAUGAAAUCUAUGGUGAAGAUGAAGCUAUUAAAAAUGAAAAAAGAAGUUUAAUUGGUUUAAAGAAUAUUAUUGUUAAAUCAAUUCAAAUUUUAAAUUUAUUCUUAAUUCUUUCUCAAUAUAAUUUUAAACAAUUAUUUGAUUCAUCUUCAAUUGAAUUAGAUAUUAAAAGAAAAAUUGAUUUAUUAAAAUUUAGAGAUAUUUUAAAUAGUGAUAUACUUGGUAAAAAUUUACCAUUACCAACAAUUAGUAGUUUAACAACAUCAACAACAACAACAACAACAACAACAACAACAUCAACAACAUCAUCAUCAUCAUCAUCAACAUCACCACUAACAACAUCAACAAGUAAUUCAACAUUAACUUUAUUAAUUGAUUCAUUAAUGAAAACAUUAAAUAGUCAUAAUAUUAAUAUUGAUCAAGUUUCUAAUCAAUUAGAGACUGAAUGUCCAAUAUUCUUUAAAAAAGAGAAUAGAGAACUUUAUAAGGUUAAAGAAAAACUUAAUAUGGUAUUACGUGAUGGUUCAACCUAUUUCACUGAUUCAUUGGUUAAAGAUUCAGCAUUGAUUUUAGAUUCAAUUUCACCAAAUUAUAAUUUAUCAGAGAUUGUUGAUUUAUUCAUUGCUAUUAAAGCUUUCAAUUAUGUCACUCCACUCUGUUUACAAUAUGCUCAAGAUUUAGAUCCACGUGGUAUCACUUUAAUACCUUCAAAUAAUCCUUCUGAUGAAUUUAAAUUAAAAUUAUCACAAAAGAAAUCAACUUUUCAAGAAAUUAUUAAACUUUUAAAUUUUAUUCAAUCUGAUAAUAAUAAUAAUAAUAAUAAUAGUGGUGGUGGUGGUGGUGAUAAUAAUAAUUAUAAUAAUACAUUUGAAAUUAUUGAUAUUAUAAUUCAACAAGUUUUAGUAUGUCAAGAUAGAUUAGCACAUGAAAUGAUUUAUUCAUGGAUAUUAAACAAUGGAAUGACAUCAAAAUUCUUUGAAAUUAAUACACCAUUUAUUACUGAAUUCCUUUUUGCAAAUGAUAUUGAUCUUUGUUGGAAAGUUUUAGCAAAACAUCAAGAAUUAUUAAAAGCAGUUCAUGUAUUAUUCCAAAUCGCUGAACGUUCUACAACUUUAGAUGAAAAGAUUUUAGCCUACACAAAUUGUACUAUGAUUCUAAGUGAACAAAAGGAUGAAGAUGCUUACAUUCAAGCAAAGAAUCAAAUUACAUUUGCAAAUAUUCAAAAACAAAUUGUACUUCAAUUAGAAAAUUAUCUAAAUAAUCCAAAUGAAUCAAAUAAUAGAAACAAUAGUAGUAAUAAUAAUGGUGGUCAACCAUUUGAUAUUAAUCAAAUUAAGGAAUCAAUUUCAAAUCUUAAUAAAACAAUCUUUGAUAUUACAACUUUAUUCACUGAUUAUGCAAGAAAAUACUAUCUUCAUGAACAAAUGUUAUAUCUUUGUCAUAUUGGUAAUCAUAGUGAUCAAAACUUUAUUCAAAUCCUUUGGAAAAUUAUUAUCGAUAAAGAAAUUCCACCACCAUCUUCAAAUUUAUCUUUGGAUGAUAAUGCUGAAAAUGAUGAUGGUUUAAAGAUUUCCGUCGGUGGUGUCAUUGAAUCAUUGGUUUCAAAGAUUAGUAAUAUUGGUUAUGAUUUCUAUCCAAAUGAAAUCACUUUUCCUGUUGAAUUCAUUAUAAACUAUGGUGAAAGAGCCAUUUUCAAUUUCUCAAGAAAUAAGAGUGAAGCUGAAAAGAAAGAAAUCUCACCAAAUUGGUUAACAAGCUCUUUACAUGAUCAUGUAAAAAUAGAUUAUUGGAUCUUGGUUGACUAUUACAAUAAUACCAUUGAAAAAGGCUCUUGGAAAGAAGAAGAUGAAUCACUUAUCUAUAUAACUAGUGUUUACUUUUAUCUUGUCGAAUCUCUCAUAAACACUAUUCAAACCGCUACUGAACGUAGAUUAUUCUCUAGUAAACAAAUACUUCAAUCACUUGAAAAUCGUGAAUCAACUUUCAAAUCAAUCUUUAAUAGACAACGUUCUUCCCUCAAUCAAGAAACUAUUAAAAAAUUGGAACAAUUAUUAAUUAAAUUUGAAAAAAUCAUUUCAAUUUCAAAAUCUUUUAAAGAUUUUAGAGGUUAUUAA